ACAAUGAUGUAUCUGACUUUGGUCCUGGUUCUAUUGGCCUCUCUAUUUGGGGCAGAGGGCUGCUACUGCCCUGAGAAUUGGUCCCCGAAGGCCGAAAUUUGUGGCAACAACGGGGUUAUCUACAAGAAUCGCUGCGUCUUCGAAUGCACUCAGCGGGAAUUCCGAAGACGGGGAGAAACUCUGACUUUGAGCCAAUUGGGAAAAUGUCCUAAGACCUACGGAUAAAGUUUUUACUUUAAGAUAUUAUAUAUAAUCCAUGUGCUAUUAUGUCAGUACUAUAUUAUUGUUGAAUAUUUUAGCCUAUUGUAAAUUAGGGAUAAAGUGGAAGGCUCUGGAGGCUGGAGAGGUGCAGGCCAACGAUACUCAGGCCCCUCAACCCAAAUAAUAUUGCCAACAAAACUGCGAUAGUGGGAGAUCCGAUCCGGAGAGCAUUAAACAAUUAUAAACAGCUUGUUUGGCUAAUUAGCGAAACCAACGCACACUGUGCAAUUACAUACUUUUAGAGGUACAUAGUGUGAGCUUAAAAAACAAACAGAUUCGGAAGCUCAGUCUCAGUUGAGCAUUCGCCGCGACAAGACGCAGACCUCGACUUCCCAGCAUUUUAUUAUCAUUCGGAGGAGCGACAAUGAAGUGUCUGACUUUGGUGCUGGUUCUAUUGGCCAUGUUGGCCUCCCUGUUUGUGACUUCGUCGGAGGCCUCCUACUGUCCCUGUGAUCUGUCCCAGAAGGGCGAAAUUUGUGGCAGCAAUGGAGUUACCUACAAGAAUCGCUGCGAAUUUGAUUGCACUCAGCGAGAGUACCGAAAACUGGGAAGGACUCUGAAUUUCAAAAGUUCGGGCAGUUGCCCCAAGGCCUAAGGAUGAAGUUUAUACUAUAAAAUAUUAUAUAUAAUCCAUGUGCUAUUAUAUCAGUACUCUACUAUUGUUCAAUAUGUUAGCUAUUUAUAAAGAGCUAAUGCAUAAAAUGGAAAUAAAUGGAAUCUUAUAAAAAAU